CUGGCUGGUCACAUCGUAGGACUUCCCUCACUCACACGACUAUACUCGUAAGAUUUACAGCACGACCUCUCCCAUUUAAGGCUUCAAUUACGCCUCCCCAAAGGAUAUAGUUCGACUUCUAGACAAGCUUGUACUAGCUUCAGACUCUUGGAAAGACCGAAGAAUCUCUCUCGAAACAAUAUAAUGCGAUAAAAAAAAUAGAGCCUUGGAAACAUGUCUCAAAGUGAAUCAUACGCCGAGAAGGACGCGGAAAAAAAUGUCCUACAGGUUGAGGCAACGGACCUAAAACAGGAUACCACCUGUGAGGAUGAAGAUCUCGGUAUCUCCUAUGCUGAGGGAAGAAAAAUUAUCCAUAAGAUAGAUCGACGUCUUAUUUCAGCUUUGGGUCUCAUGUUUGGGGUUUCUCUCAUGGAUCGAACCAACCUGGGCUCUGCUAACAUUGCUGGUAUGGCAAAGGAGCUGCACCUAGCAAUUGGAAAUCGCUACUCCAUUGCCAUUAUUAUGUUCUUCGUUCCGUACCUUAUUUUCCAGUGGCCUAGUGCUAUUCUUGCACGCCAGAUCGGCCCUCGGAUUUUCCUACCUGCUGUGUCGUUUGCCUGGGGCAUCGUCAUGUUGGGCAUGGGAUUUGUACAUCACUGGGGCGAGUUAGUCGCUCUUCGAGCGGUUGUUGGUCUUUUCGAAGCCGCCUUAUUACCAGGAGCACUGUUUCUAUUGCAAAUGUGGUAUUGUCGCUACGAUGUGCAUAAGCGAUACGCAUCGUUCUAUCUUAUCAGCGUUGUCGGAGCAUCACUUUCCGGGGUACUUUCUUAUGGCUUUAUGCAAAUGGCAGGCGUUGGCGGCUAUGGAGGCUGGAGGUACAUUUUCAUCUGGGAAGGAGUGCUAACGUGUGUCAUCGCUAUUAUCGGGGCCAUUUUGAUCGUCGACUUUCCUCAAAAAGCGCAGAAUAGCCGGAAGUUUCUCGAACCUCGUGAGCUGGAAUACGUUAUCAAACUUCUACAAAGAGAUCGUAACGAUACUCAUGAAGAGCCCUUCAACUGGGCCGCAUUUUUCAAGGCAGGCUUGGACCUCAAGAUCUGGCUGUUUGGGCUUAUAUUCUUCGCUAACACUGUGAUCGCGUACGCAAUCGCGCUUUUCCUCCCCAUCAUUCUGCAUCAGAAGAUGGGUUUUGGCGUUGGGAUCUCACAAGUGAUGAUAACCCCACCAUACAUCUUCGCGGGCAUCUUCAUGUACGUUCAAGGCUGGUUCGGAGAUAAGUACCAUGUCCGUGGCCCGAUCGUUGUAUUCAAUGCGUUACUGGGAACUUGCGGGUUGUGCCUGAUGGCUUGGGUCAAAGCUGCAGGUUGGCAGUAUUUCGGCGUGUUUCUGGUUACAGCAACUUCCAAUUCCUCAAUACCAACCGUCAUGGCAUACCAGGCAAACAACAUCCGUGGAACAUGGAAGCGCGCCUCUAGCAGCGCGAUCUUGGUUACAAUGGGAGCAGCAGGUGGUAUCGUUGGCGCGUUAGUAUUCCGAGCUCAAGAUGCACCUCAAUACCUUCCUGGUAUGUAUGCAUCCAUCGCGUGCUGUAUACUACAAGUGUUUAUUGUUGGCGUUCUGUCUCUACAGUUUAGUAGAAUGAACAAGAAAGUCGCCAAUGGAGAGGCCAUCAUCGAGGGCUUGCCAGGUUUUCUCUAUACCUUGUAG